AUGCUGCGCCAUCUGCCCUCCAGGCUGCCAGCCAGGAUGUGGAGCAGGAUUUCGGAGAAGCAGUCAUGGAGGGACAACAGUCAGACCCCUUCCCUGUGUCUUAUCCAUAAACUUGACCACAUUGUGAUGACAGUAAAGAGCAUCAAAGACACCUCUAUGUUUUAUUCUAAGAUCCUGGGCAUGGAGGUCAUGACUUUCAAGGGAGACCAGAAAGCAUUGUGUUUUGGAGACCAGAAAUUUAACCUCCAUGAGGCGGGAAAGGAAUUUGAACCCAAAGCCGCUCACCCAGUCCCUGGCUCCCUGGAUAUAUGCUUGAUCACGCCUUUGGAGGAAAUGGUCCAGCACCUCGCGGCUUGUGAUGUCCCCAUUGAGGAGGGUCCAGUCCCCAGAAUGGGGGCAAAAGGGGACAAAGGUAUGUCCAUCUACUUCCAAGACCCUGACAGAAACCUGAUUGAGGUGUCCAACUACAUCUCCUUGUGA